AAAAAAACUAUAUAAAGACAAUCAAAGACUCUCUCGUUACAAUAACCACAAACAACAAUACACUUCUCUUGACGCCUAUCUCUUUCUCACCACCACCAUUACCUUCGUCACUUCUCUCUUCCAAGCAAUUUAAACCUUCAACUAAUCCAGAAAUGCAAAUGCUAAGAAACUUAAGCACGAGGACGAGGAGUCGUCGCGGCGGAUAUGAGCGUGUAAGCGAUGAUUCCACCUUCAGCCUACUUGGAGCAAAGCUAAGGAGGUCAACGAGCGUUCCAUACUAUGCUCCAUCGAUAAGGCUUGGUGGAGAUUUUCCUGUGAUUUUGGAAAAGCUUCCACGCCAAAAACCAACUAAAACAGUGGUGACAAGCAAAUUAAGCCAUCCAAUCUUCAGUUUAUUUGAUGGUUAUCGCCGCCAUAACAAGAAGAAAGCGACGGCUAAACCGGAGUUCUCUAGAUACCAUGAAUACCUUAAAGAAAGUGGAAUGUGGGAUUUGAGAUCUAAUAGUCCGGUCAUCUACUUUAAGUAGAUGUAUAUAACACCAUAUAUGUUAUGAUUUGUGUUCAUUUAUUAUAUUAUUUGUGACAAUUCUUAGUGAUCCGAUUGAUCGAUCUAUAAGAGCUAUUUUCUUUUUCUCCCCCUUGUAAUUUUUUAAUUGAUCUAUAAAUUUAAAAUUUCAAAGAAAAAUAACAUUGGUUAUAGAACUACUUUGUUUAUAAUGUAUGGAAGUUUGUUUUAAAUUUUUAGCACUUACAACUAUUUUUAGAAAAGUUCAGUCGUCAUUUAGUAUUUUUACGGAGUAUUCAUUGAAUGAAAGAAAUUUUGGUCCACAUCUAUAUAUAUUUGGGACAAAGAAGUCCACAUGAUUUCUUUUAACCAAAUUUUUCGUGUCAAAGUUCAUGUUUUGCUUAGAGUUGAGUUACAAUCAUAUGGUUACGUGAUACACUAAUAUAUAACCACAUC